AUGGAGUCGCUCAGCUGGCUGCCUCUGUUCAUCCAGCUGGUGCUGCUGUGGCCCCAGGGGGCUCUGCCCACACCCCAAAUCAGGGUCUUCGUGGUGCCCCACGGCCACAUGGACGUGGGCUGGCUCCACAGGGUGGAGGAAAGCAUGGGAGCUUAUGUCACCAACGUGUAUACCUCAGUGGUGGAGGGGCUGACCCGUAAGAGGCAGCACAGGUUCAUCGUCGUGGAGCAGGAGUUUUUCCGGCUGUGGUGGGAUGGCAUCACCCCGGACAAAGAGAAACGCCAGUUCCGCCAGCUUCUGGCCCAAAGAUGCCUGGAGUUUGUCCUCAGGGGCCAGGUCAUGCACGAUGAGGCUGUGACCCACUUUGAUGACCAGAUCCUAUAGCUCACAGAAGGACAUGGGUUUCUCUAG